AUGAACCAUUUCAACGUGAAACCGGAAGAUUUACCGUCCAAAAAGUGUUUUAUCGAAGAACCUGCUGAUAUUGCCCGGUGAGUUGUUUUCAUCUGACAUGCAGCUAAAUUUGUGAAUUUUCCAGGCACACAUUUCUUGAUACAUGUCCGAUUCACUUCGAUCCGACCUGCAACGAUCCGAUAUUUAACCCAAACCACGAAUUUGAAUUUAGAUGCCGGUAUCCAAGUGAGUUUUGUCUUUUAGCGAUUAGAACUGACGAAUAUCUGCCGGUUCAGUGAUGGCAAAUAUGGUUUUGUCGAUAAACUCGACGAGUUUUCUGGAACUGAUGAAAUUGAGAGAUCCGUUCGGACGGGAUUGGUGCAUGAUUGUGUAAGUAUCAAAAUUCUUUUUCAUUUUCAAAGAAAGCGCAUCUUUUCAGCAUGUUCUACUCGGAAAGCUGUCCAUUCUCCGCUCGACUGGCUCCUUACUUCAACCAAAUCGCCGGCAAAUUCGAGAACCUGCUCACAGUCGCCGUCGACGCUUCGGACUUUACAAAGUGACUCAUUUCUAUGAAAAAAACUGAUUCGCUUUUCUGAGUCUUUCCAGAAGCUACCGCCUGAACUUCCGUUACGGAAUCUCCGGCACGCCGACCGUUCUUUUGUGGGUCAAUGGAAUCGGAGUCGCCAGAAUGGCAAAUAACAAUCUGAAUCUGGAGAGCAUCAAGGUAUUUUCUGAGGUUCUAUUUUUUAAUUUGAAAAAAAAAAUUGUUUAGAAUGUGAUUAUUACGCAUACCGAUUUGGUAGAGAAGACAUCGGACGAAGCGAAGAAGGAGUGUGUUCCCGAGAAGUUCUUCAGUGUUGGGGCUGAGCUCAAAAGUGAGAAGACUUCAGAUUUCUCAUGAAUUUGUAAUAUUUCAGAUGUUUCCGUCGUGCUCAAGGAGGACGUUCUGUACAAUGCUCUGUACACGCUCGGAUGCUUCCUCAUCUGCGUUGCCAGUGAGUUGUCCUUGUAAUUCUUCGUCAACAUUCAAUUGUUUUGCAGCAUUCAUCUACCACGUACGCGAACGAAUCCUUCUGAGCGCUCCGGUGCUGCAAUGGUUCCAAUCCAAGUGCGGCGGUCCCCUCUGCGACGAUAUUUACUUCCUCUUCUACGUCGUUCCGCCACGUCAUCAGAGGCCUCCUCCUCCGGCCCCAGCUCCGGAAGCAGCAGAUCCGCCAGCUGCGGUUCCAGAUGAGAACGUCGUCGAACUUCCGCCCCUUGUAGUAGAAGAUCAGUAA